AACUGGAUGAUAAUUACAUCCAAUUGACGUUACAAUGCUGCGCAAUAAAACCCACAAACCAAUUCUUUUCCUGUGCAAUAAAGCCUGCCGUGCCUACAACAAGAAAAAGAAAAGAAGAGGAAGAACUCAACAUUCUUCUUCUUCAUCAUCAUCUCUGACAUAGAAAAAUGGGUUCUCAGAUCUCUAAACAGAUUGAAAGGCGUAAAGAAAUCUUAACUGAGAAGAAGGUUUUGGUUGAUCUUGAGGAAAGCUCUGGAGAAACAUAUCCAGGUUCUGAUUAUCGUCCAUCAGACAGGAAGAAUUGGAUGGCUGGGUUCAACCCUGAGAAACUUCACAUAAACCAAAUUGUAUGGCCUGGAACCCAUGAUUCUGCUUCUAAUAGGAUUGGCAUCCCAUUGAUCACUCGUCCUUUCGCUCAAUGUCAGUCUUUGUCCAUCUACCGUCAGCUUUGUGUAGGCACCAGAGUUUUUGAUAUUCGGGUUCAGGAAGACCGUCGGGUCUGCCAUGGAAUCCUGACAACAUAUAGUGUUGAUGUUGUUAUUCGAGACCUCAAGAAAUUCUUGUUAGAAACUGAGUCAGAGAUGGUAAUUCUUGAGAUCAGGACAGAGUUUGGCCAUGAGGAUCCUCCAGAGUUUGACAAGUACUUGAAGGAACAGCUUGGAGAAUACCUGAUCCAUCAGGACGAUAGUGUUUUUGGCAAAACAAUUGCGGAAUUGUUACCGAAGAGGGUAAUCUGUGUAUGGAAGCCAAGGAAAUCACCAGCUCCGAAACAUGGAAGCCCGUUGUGGAGUGCCGGUUAUUUGACAGAUAAUUGGAUUGACACAGAUUUGCCAUUAACAAAAUUUCAAAGCAACAUGAAGUAUUUGGGUGAACAGCCACCGGUUUCGUCAAGGAAAUACUUUUACAGAGUGGAGAAUACUGUUACACCACAAGCAGAUAACCCAAUUGUAUGUGUUAAACCUGUGACCAACCGGAUUCAUGGAUAUGCUAGGUUGUUCAUAACACAGUGUUUCUCAAAGGGAUGUGCUGAUAAGUUGCAGAUCUUCUCCACAGAUUUUAUUGAUGAGGAUUUUGUUGAUGCAUGUGUUGGAUUGACACGGGCAAGGGUUGUAGGGAAGGCUUAAAAUUUCUCUAUUUUUCUUGAGUUCUUGUUCCAUUUUUUAGAGUUUUAUUACGAGUCAUCAUCUCUUGUAAUUAAUUUCUGGGUGGAUGAAAUUUGCUCCAUUGUCCUUAAUGGGGUAAACUGUUCGUUUGUCUACACGUAUGCUAAAUUAUUUGUUUAUGAUGUAUAAAGGGUUUGUGUAUAUGGUUGUGGUUGGCACACUUA